AUGUUUUCUGCUUCUCGUUCGAUGAUUUCUCGCGCUUCUAUGCGCUCGUUCUCGACCUCUGCAAGCCGUUCGUCGGACGUUGCCAAAGUUAUUCUCGUUGGUCGCCUUGGGCGCGAGCCAGAAGUUCGCACUACAAAGAGUGAAAAAGAAUACGUCUCAUACGUCGUUGCGACGACCAACUAUCCUCCCCCACCACCAUCUGCGGAUGGAACGCGCCCAGAUCCCGGAACGACUUGGCACCGCGUUUUGUGCUUCAACCCUAAUAUGAACAACUACUUGCGCACUCUCACUCGAGGGACGCGUGUCUACGUCGAGGCGAACCUGGAAGUACGCGACCCGCAACCAGACGCACCAGCGGGCUCUUCAGCCAGCAUGCGCCAGGUCUUUUUGAGACACGAGGCCCUCCGCGUAUUGGACAGGAAGCAGCAGCCAAGGGACGAGUCGAAAGAGGAGUCGCGCUUCCCGGCCGCAAGCUUGGUCAGCUCUCCUUCGCCGAAGGCCAUGGACGAUAAUCAAGAAAAUUCAGAGCUCACGCUUAACCAUCCAAAGGGCAAGCGAGGUCCAUCUAGUUCAAGCUGCGCAGAGUGUAAACGACUCAAAAUACGUUGCUCAGGAGCAACCAAGGCACCAUUCCCAUGUACAUCCUGUAUAAAACGAGGUGUCGAGUCGGUCUGUCCAAACGGCGUCAUCCCAGAACGUCAGCGAAGGAAAGAGGCUGGCGAGGGUGAUAUCCUUCGACGCAGGAACCAAGCCCUCACGGCACGUAUCAAAGAGCUCGAAGCUGCCCUUGCAAAGGCGACUGGAGGAACCGCCGAAUCCCCGUCCUCGUCUGGUACGCAAGACAGCGAGGCCACCCUCAAGGAUCCCGAUGAUCACGCCCUAGUGGAGUCCUUUGGAACGCUGACGAUCGAAGACUCUGGACGAACAAACUGGCACGGUGCUCAUUCCCCUGCGAUCAAUCUCUUGCCAUCCGAAGAACCGGUCAACGUCAUCGGGUUUCAGGACCAGGUCUUUGACGAAUCAUUGCCUCCGGAACUCUCUCUCAUCGCCGCGGCAUUCCCGUUCACAGCGCCGACCGUUGCCGCGACAAAUAUGAAGGAGGCAUUGCGUUCCUUCGCUCCAUCGUAUGAGGAAGCUGUCGAGUUGUGCAAUUGCUUCUUCAUACAUGCGGCCUGGCUUGGAACACCUUGCACCAGAGAGCGAUUUCUCGCGGGAAUUGUCGUCCCCCUCUACGCGGCGGGUAGCUGGGAGAGUGAACGACCAGAUGUCCUCGCUCUCUUUUUCGCAUCCCUUGCAGUUGGGUGUAUGUUCGACCAAAGGCGUCCACAAUAUGACCCUUUUGCGUUCCGCCUGAACAAGCUAUGUGCGGCGGCUCUCGCAUUAGCGAAGCCUAUCGAUAGACCGACUAUAACAGCUUUGGAAGCCCUGCAAAUACAUCUUUUCUUCCAUCAACUAUCCGAUCGUCCUCUAGCCGUAUCGCGCCUCUGGACGCUAUCAUCACUUGCAUUCCGCAUGGCCCAAUCUCUUGGACUCCACAGAGACAGCCGAGCGUGGGGACUCGAUCCGGCUCUAGACCAGCGCCGAAGAUGGCUUUUCUGGCAGCUGAACUUUAUGGACGGCGUCAUUGCACUCUCAUAUGGUCGCCCGAGAUUCUUCAGUCCACGCCAUUAUGACUGCCCUUUACCCAAUGAAUCUUUCAGGCCAGAUCUUCUUGGAUUCGGCACCUGGCGCUUUCAAUUCCUCAGAGAUGCCCUAAUUCCUGUACUCGAAGAAGCAUUCUCGGUUCAACCACCUCCGACGUAUGCGACCAUCAUGCGGCUCGACAAGAAAAUCCGCGACCUUCCAACCCUCGACAUGUCUACAAUCUCCAUCGACCUCGCAUCCAUGACUGCACCGCAAUGUAUGCAACUUUUCUGUGUUGGUGGGAUCAAGAAGCUCGCGAUUCUUUACCUGCACCGUCGUUUCUUAUUCGAAGCAGCGAGUGAUACAAGCUGCGCAGAUAUGAUGACACACAAGUAUGCGUACUCUGUUCAGGCAGGAUUCCAGACAUCCCUUGCUAUGGUCAAGCAACUCCGAGGUCUCUUCGCGAAAGACCCUAUAAUCAUCACUCUCGCCACACUUCUCAUCAAGCGACCAGAAUCUGAAUUUGCAGAGACUGCAUUGAGGGAAAUGAAUUCCAUCAUAGAAAUGUACCAAAAGGCAGGGUCCAGCCAUCGAGCACAACGUUGUCUGGUACCCAUGCUUGUCUUACGAGACAAGGGUCAAAGUAUUUUAACUUUGAAUCGCACUGGUCACACGAUCAAGGCUCCGCUAGACGCUCAUCUCGAAACCUUGCUCGGCGGUACCCCCGUGGUCUUGAAGACUAAUCGAGGACACUGUGCUUACUCGGAUCCAGUCCCUCCUCCUCUCGUUACACCCGCGACCGUGGAUACAAACUACGAUCUGGAAGCCCUUCUUGGGAACGAUGGUGCUACACCCCCCAAGUUUUUUGAAGCUUCGCCCCCAACUAGCAACCAGCCGAUCGAUCCUAUGUCCUUCAACUGGAACCAGCCCGUCCAGGCCAUGCCCGUCGGUGAUACUCGCGUUUUCGAAGGAAUGGAUGAUCUUGUUGCCAAUUAUCUUCGGGGUCAGAAUGGUCUGUUUGAUGCUGGGCAGGGUCCAGACUGGGAGACGUUGCUUGGUACCAUGACCUAG